AUGUUGUAGUAGCGGUGCCAGUGAAAUAAUAUGGUGAAUAAAUAAUCACCGGAAGGCUGCGAGUUGUGAUUAUUUCAGGAACAAUCGCUCACGGCACGACCUGGUACGACAAGAAUGAGCUGGCAUAAUUCAUUGUGCUCAUUAUUUCAAUGUGAUCAUUUACCGAAAUCAAAUGUACUUUGAAAUGGUGCCGUUUGCCUUGUUUCUGAUAAAUAAUCGUCCCGAACGCGAUGUAAAUCGUUAUUCUUUAAGCAAUUUUCCUAACCUGAACUAUUAUGGUCCAUAACCUAAUUAAUAUCCAUAACAUAUUGUUGUGUACUUCCACUGUGAAAUGAAAUCAAUCAUUUAACGUGUCCACGUACAUACUCCUAAUAUGAUGCAACAAAUUCUGUACACAUGGUAGAGUAGUAGAGAUAAUUGGGACAAAUUCUAUAUACCAAAGACGGAAGAACAAACUAAAAUAGCAAAAGCUGUUUUCCCACCAUAAACAAAAAAAAGGAAAAAUCAUCAUAGAUCAUAAAAGAUUUAAACAUUGUCACGGUGCAGAAGGGCUCUAUGUGCUCCAUAUCAGCUUCAGCAAAUGGUACUUUAGUUCCCAAGAAUAUUGUAUCACAGCAUCAGAGGAAGAUUUCAUCUGCAAAUUAUAAACUUGGUAUACGACAAAGACAACAUGCGCAACGAGAUUACUGCAGCAGUACUAUUCUUAGUACAGCUGAUAGAAAAAAACGAAAAAUUUAGUUCCGAUCAAUUGGAAUGUUUUAAGCGACGUUUGGCGGAAUUAUUGACGGAACGUUUUAAAAAUCACUGGUUUCCCGACAAACCAUUUAAAGGUCAAGGCUAUCGUUGUAUUCGUGUAAAUGGCCACAAUCGGAGGGAUGCAACUUUGGAGGGCGCUGCUAUUGCUGCUGGAGUAAAGUAUGAAGACCUAUCGCUACCAGUUGAAUUAACACUUUGGGUUGAUCCUAAUGAAGUUUGCUGCCGAUUUGGGGAAAGUAAAGGGUCAUACUGUACAUUGGCGUCAUUCGAUGAUAAGGAGAAUACUGUACCGAUCUUUCAAAGAAGCAGUAACGGCUUAGAAAAAGAGAGUAAACAUUCAGAGGGAUCGCCUAAGAUACAGAAAUCCCCUUUGACUACUAAUACAGACCAGCAACAAAAAUCAAAACCAUUAAGCUCUGCUAAUCAAAAUCAACAGCAUAGCAAUAACGGUACAGGUAGGAAACGCAAUUUAAACAGCCCGAGGCUGCAUCUUAACAGAAAUCGUUCCUGGUUCGGUCACUCCUUCAGUAUGGGCUAUGGUCCUCAUCCAAUAAGUCAACCAUGGUAUAAUAUUAUGCCUCCUCAUUUUUUGGGUGGUCCAUCUCCACCACCUUUCAUGGGCCAUAGAGGAAAUAAGUGGAUUCAUCCACCAUCCUAUCCUACAGGAGCUGCACGUUUUCACCAUUGGUCUCCUAAAGCUGCUCUUAAAGUAUAAACAAUCCCUCCUUAUGAAAGUAGUUAAGAAACCUGUUCCUUUCUAUCAAAGAAUACACAAAAUUAUUUCAUUGGGCGAAAAAUAAUAUGUUUCAAUGUAUAAGUACAUUUGAGGUCAGAUACAAUUAUUAAGGGUAUUAUUUAGAAUAUAUGUUCUUGAAAGAUUCAACAUGAACGUAUUUGGAUUAGGAACAGGUUUCUUAACAUUUCAGUGACGAAAAUUAUCCAUUCUGUAAUUACAAAUGACCUUCUUCGAAUUACGACUAAGGCUUACGAUUUUUUAUGACGAGAAAUGUUGCAUUAUUACAUGUUAUAUAUAAAUAAUUAAUUGGAUGAUAGAUGUUUAAUUCCGGAUGCAAGGUUGCUUGUAAAAUAUACUAGACUAGAGAGAAUUUAAUUAAAGUGAGUUAAGUCAUUGACGUGGAAGACAUGGGCAGAUGAAUGUCAUAUCACUUGUGACACAUUUGCUGAUUAAUCCUCGAGAAAAGGAUUUAAUAACGAAAAGUAGAUCGUAGGUAUUUCAAGAGGGAGCAGUAUUGAUUUUUUAAACGGGUUUCCGAAAUUGGAUUCAAUUCUUGAUUAAAUUGUAUGUAAUGAAUUUUUAAUGUCUUAUACGCAAGGUGAUCUCAAUUCGUUAAAUAAACGUUUCUCGUAUCAAAUUCUAUUGCGUAAUAGAGAGAAAAGGUUUCGAAGAACUUUUUCUUUAAUUUGUACAUAUGUAGCGUAUUUGCAAUGACUGGAGAUUCAAAGUUCGCUUUAUUUUUCAAUAUUGUUAUUACGCAGAAAGAAAUAUAUGUACAUACAUAUAUAAAGAUAUAUAAAUUAGAAAUUUAGUAUGACUCUCUAUGACAAUAUUGACGAACUACGCAAGCUUUGAAAUUCUGGUGUCACUGAUUUGAAAAUUGUACACGAAAAAAUUCAAAUCGACAAACUUUAUCUUGUACUGUAUAUGUAUGUUACUAUUUGCGUUUACGAAUAGAUGUAUAUCUAUGAUUUUUACAGGUAUAUGGUGCAAUUGACGUUUAAAAUAUUUUUGCUUCGAAAAGCACACCAUACCUGUUGUGUAAAGAUACUGCCUCCAGUAGAGAUUCUACUAAUAAUCAUUUAUGUUAAUGGAUUAUUAACAAAUGCAUGAAUUUCGUGAUUAACGUAAUAUUAUAAUAAAAGGGAAUUUUUAUUUUACUUAUGCUCAACGC